AUGCCACCAAAGAAGAGUGCUGCUUCGAGCGGACGAGCUCAAGAAAUGCUGUGGUCAAGUGCAAGCUCAUCUGGCACUGCUUUCGGAGCUGCUGUACCGACAGACGAUCUAGAUCAAUUGGAUGCUGAAAUCAAGGUCUUGUUCAAGAAAUUACAAAAGAGAGAGCCAGUUACCAAAGUCAAGGCUCUUGAAGACUUGUCUGUGUAUAUCAGUCAGCAGGAAUCGGAUCAGGCGGCGAAGAUCUUGUCGUCUUGGCCAAAAGUAUACACAAAACUGAGCACUGAUGCCGAUCGCAAGGUGCGGGAAACCACAAACGCAGUACAUCUUGCGAUCGUGAAGAAAGUCGGCAAAAAGCUGGCUACGAUACUCAAGGAGAUUACAGGAAGCUGGUUGUGUUGCUUGUAUGAUUCGAGCAAGGAGGUUGUGAGGGUUGCCAAUGAGGCUUUGCAGACUGCCUUCCCAAAUCCAGCAAAGAGAACGGAACUGUUAAUAUAUGCUCAGAAGGACAUACUGCAGUAUAUAUCGGAGAAUGUGUUGGAGGAGACUGCUGAGACUAUGAGUGAUCCAAGGUACACGUCACCUGAAGAUAUGGCUUCUAAAUACGCAAGAGUUGUAUCAGGCUGCAAUCUAGUGCUUUGCAUGCUUGUUGAGUCUCUUUCUGCAGAAGAGCAACUCAAAGCCCAAGAACUAUAUAGUGGCAUACUAGGAAAUCCUAAAUUUUGGGCCUUGUCGCAUCAUGAAGCGUCACAGAUAAGGAAGUCAGUGUAUAUUGUGGUCAAGACAUUAGUCAAGUGUGCACCAGGCAUGCUCGAAUCUCGGAUAUCUCUCAUAUCCACUUCAUAUCUUUCCUACGCAUUCACAGACUCAGAUGCAUCGACGCAUUCAGAAAUGUGGGAGUCUGUCUUGGUAUUCACCAAGCUAUUCCCAUCUUCAUGGACUGAACCAACGCUUAAAAAACCUAUCGUGAAACGAUUAUAUACGUUUUUGGAUCAUGCCUCGUAUGGAUCGGUAAAUAUUUCGUAUCCUACGCUGUUACCGUUGUUGUCUGUGCUAUCCUCUGAUGUAUUGCAAGGCAACUUUGCCAAAGACUUUUGCUCUCAUUUUUGGAAUGGAUUGAAGAGUGGAGUUAUAGAUAGGAUGAAUAGUGGAAUCUUCUUUUCGUCAUUCCUGGAAUGUAUCAUGUACCUUCUGAUACGUAACAGCAAUGAUGCAAGUUUGCAGCACAAUUUGAUUGAUUCUCCCGAGACCAAAGGGAAAUACAGUCCUCCUGAAAUGAGCCGGACACUAGCUGAUUCGUUGUACAGAUUGAGCGCGAGUUCGCAAAUACCAGACUCGUUGUCAAGGUUGUUAAUCUCAAAAGUCUUCUCAGUAGCAACCGAUGAGAUAACAACUUCAGAUAUACCCGAUUUCGAUACAUUCACAACUCGAUUCUCUCAACUGCUGCUCGAUCUAAACUCUAAAGUAAUCGCAUCUUCUAAUCCAAACAUGCAAGACACACUGACAGUAUCUGCACGAGAUUUGUGUAAUGUCUUGCUUCCAUCAUGCGCGCCAAACCCAGGAUUAGUACAACGAGCAAGUCUGUUAGCUAUUUUAACAGCUCUUCCGAUCUGGAAUGAGACUCUUGCGUCUCAAAUCAAGACAUUCUUGACACGCAAAGAGUUUGGUGAAAUGUUGGACUAUUCAAAGGAUACUGCCAUGUCGUUUUUCGAUGUUGUUGUGGCAUAUACUAGUCAAGAGGGGUCAGAUGCUAGUGUUUGGCAACAUGUGGUGGGGUUGGUUGUUAAUAAAGAUAAAUCAAGAGCGUUGGUGUUGUUCGAUGAGCUGAUUCGCAAGACCCAAACUGUAAAAGGCCUAGUAGCAUCUUCAUCCAUUGAAGAUUUCGUAAGGGAUUUAUUGGCAUUUGAUUCCAUGCCUGCUAAUGAUUGUGGUGUUGCUGAACGAGUGUUGUGGAGUGUGGUUAAUACUGACUCCCACUGGCUAACCAAAUCCAGUAAAACAACCCUCAUAUCUUCCAUAAUGGAAGACGUUAUUGAAUACACAUCGAAGCUAAUAUUUGACGCGUCUCCUCACAUAUCGGCAUUAAGUGCUACACAUAUGAUCAAGGUCAUGACACCGAAAAAGGACUAUUCUCAUCUGAUACAUAAUGCUCUGUUGGGGAAAUUUGUAUCAAGUAUAUUGGAUUUAGUAGCUUUUGCAUCAUCACUGAAGGAUGUGAGAGAUGCUGCUGUCGGCAGUUGGAAUGGGCUGAAGGGGAUGGUCAGUAGUGAUGCUUCGAUUGACUUGUAUGAUGAGUUGAUAGGAAUGUGGCAGAAGGAUGUGUUGGAUGGUGACCAUAUUGGAAGUUCCGACCAAUUCGGAAUAAAGGCUUCCAAGCUUUUGGAUGUAACUCCAAUGUCGCUACAGUCGCACGUCCUAGACGGUUUGAUUCUUAAUCAAACGCAAUGGCAGCAUCUAUCAAAGCCGUUCCAACAUCCCCUCCCUGGAUUGGCAAUCACUAAUUCCGCAACAGUGCUUGAAACGUCAUCGUCGUCGUCAUCUCUUUCAACCAGUGACGACCUGGUAAUAUACAUACGACUAGGUCUCAUAACAACAGGAAUAAUCAACUCUCAAUCCACCUCCACAUUGUUCAACGAUUCCAGAAUGUGGAAUAUGAUUGAAUUAUUAUAUUUAUCAUGCCUCCUUGACGAUUUACAUACCGGCACGAAUCAAGAUACCGAAGACGAUGGUACGACGGGUGAAUUCGCUAUCGAGACUAGACGUAUCUUGGAAGAGGUGUUACGGCCAUGUCGAGACCUUGACGGUGAUAUGACGGCAUGGCAUACUGGUCUUGUUGGUAGACUAGCCAAGAAAGAGAGUGGUGUUGUUAGUAGUGGAGAGACGAGGAUGAUUGAGACUGCGUUUGUGUUGUCGAAUGAGAAGGAAGGAAGGUACUCGAGAGUUCUAGGGACUAUUUUGGGCAAGUUGUUUGGGAUGACGCAGAUACGGGGUGGCGAAGCUGGGAUUUGGUUUGAGCUUAUAGAAGAGUGUCAUCGUUCAGGUCAUACUGGAACAACGAUAGCUCUACUUUCCUCUCUGCGGCCACAUUUAGACCUGUCACAAAAACUAAAGGACUUUAUCCACACCAUCGCAAUUGGAAUCUCAAAAGCAGCAACCGACGAAUCGCUACCGAGUCAACUGGCGGUAUUGAUCUCUUGUAUUCGACUAGACGCCAUUCAAGAAUCGACGCCAGAUGUUUUGCAAAAGAUGUCGACAAAUUUCAUGGCUGUUGUACGUCGGCUUCGAAAAUACCAUUCGAGUACUGGUGCGAAGGUAGAGGCUAUUGAUGUACUCAUGAUGGAUGUCUUGAGAGAGUUUAUUGAUCUCAAGAGUAGUUAUGAUUUGAAUUCGGCUGGGUUUGUCGUGGAUUUGGAUGCUGCGUUCUCUCAGUCUUCAAAUGGAGUAUUGCAGUACUAUGCACUGCGUCUCUUCGAAUCGUUGCUAUCGGGCUUCAGACGAGAUCCCGGAACGUGGGGUGUGGUUGACAAACAGCAUGUGGUCUUGUAUAGGAGGUGUUUGGCAUUGUUGAUUGAACAGAAAGAUUGCGUAAAUCCUACAAAAGCUCAAGCUAGCCUACAAAACAUUAUUGCUAAACUGUGUCGAGAGUUGCCAGAGGAAAUUCUCUUUGAGAGUAAACCGUUUGAUGAGAUGUGUCCGCUCUUGUUUGUGCACAAUGAAGAAAUCCAGAAAUGUGCGGGAAUCUUGUUGCAUCGCCUCACCGCUGAGCAUGUACAAGCUACUUCGUUGCGGGUUGAGAUGAGACCGAGAGAGCAAGCUGAAGAUGUAGUAUCAUCACCAGAACCGGAAGAGAAGCUUGCCAAGAGUCUUGUUGAUGCUUUGGGACAAGUUCCUUCUCAGUUGGAGAGUGGGGUUGUGCCAGAGAAUGAUCUGGCGUCCAAUGAAGCAUUUGGAUAUAUAAUGGCAUGGAUGGCUUACUUUGAUCAUUUACAUGAUGCUACGUUCGCUCUUAAAACUGCAUACGUAUCCCAAAUUAAGCAAGCUGAAGCUACAUGGUCCUCAUUCAUGGAAUUCUUGUUUGCUACUCUUGGAUUGGGUAUACAAGGCAAACCAUUUGACUUGUCUAAAUGGGACAUUCAGGAGUUUGAUAUUCGAGAAUUCGAUUUCUCGUCAGAAGUUGCGUUUCCUUUGGCAACAGCUCAUCUAUAUUGGCUUGCUUUGAGGACUACACCUUCUUUGGUCAGGACGUGGUGGUCGGAGAGUAAGAAGAGACAGUUGACGCUUGCUGUUGAAAUGUAUACUGAAAAGUACUUCAGCCCACUCCUCAUAAGCCGGGAAAUCUCAACAAUAACAAGAUCCGACAAGUCCCUUUUUGAGAACUUAGCGAUCAAAGCAUCCACCAAGUCGUCCGAAGUUUCAGCAACAUACACAAUCGAGGAAUCUGGUCUUGAAAUGAUUAUCAGAUUACCAUCAUCGUUUCCACUUAAGCAAGUUGAAGUGGAUUCUGGACCAAGUGGACGAGCUGGAGUCACUGAUGCGAGAUGGAGAGCGUGGUUAUUGAGUGCUAGUGCUGUCAUGUUUGCACAGAAUGGGAGUGUGCUGGAUGCUGUUAUGGUGUUUAAGAAGAAUAUUAGUGCUCAUUUUGAGGGUAUGUAG